AUGAGUGACAUCCCUUUCGGUCUGGAAGAAUGGACGGCGGACUCAAAGCCUGGCAUCAUUGCCAGGAACCCGCACACGGGACUCGAGGAGCCCUACACUGGUCGCCUGCCGAUCGGUGACUUCAUCGACGACCUGAUGGUCCCGCAGAUGGAAAGACAGGGGCGGCAGGUGACCAUCAACGACCGCUGCGGCAGCCCGUGGGCGUUGAAUUUCGACAAGCCCGAGUACGCGACGUUCAACGUCCCGCAGCGACGCAAAUGGGAGAGCAACCAGAGCAUGGAUCCGUAUAGCUAUCUUCAACCGGGUGACCAAGGAUGA